AUGGCCGAUUCUUCGCAUGCUCACUCCCAGCAGAUGUCACCAGCCGAUGCCGGCAGCGACUCUCAGGACACCAACAAUCAAGGGCAUGUCUUCCAACCUCCUCAACCGUUAUCGCAGCCGGCUACGGUUGGCAUUGCUACAGAACCCACGCAGGCCUUUUAUUAUCCGCCACAACAAUAUGGCUCGGUAACCGACCCUGCCACUGUUAUCUCGCCACAGCAGUAUUACUAUGCACAACAGGCGAGCCAAGUGGGAAAUUCGUCGGUGGACGAUCAGCAAGUCUACUAUGUACCGCAACUACUACAGCAGCCUGGUUGGACGGCCGAUCCCACUGCAAACAACUUCUACUGGCAACAACAAUUGCCGAAUCCUAAUCAUGCCGCCUAUUCCCAAUACACGCCCGCCCACAACCAACAUCCGGCGCCCGACUCCAUUCAAGAGGCGCAGAGCCCAGAUCUGCAGUUGAAGCAACCGCCCCUUCUCUCAUCAGAGGAGGUCACCACUCGGCACAUGUCUUCGCCACAAGCUGUUCCCCAGCCAGGCGCGAAGAACGACAUGAAGAAGUGGAAACGAUUCUGGCCUCGCUCCAAGGAUUAUAUGCAACAGUUCCAAGACAACCUGAAAGACAAGUUCAGCGGCAAUUCAGGGCACAGGGGUUUCCGUCAGAUCUAUUUACCCACUACACGGAUGAAUAACCAGGACAGUGACACCGAUGCCGGGCCUACCGGCGAGAGCAAGGUCGUGUAUCGUAUUGGAACCGCCGAGGCCGAGGAUAUUGAUGACCUUGGAAAGGUACACAAGGUUGAUGGCAAGCUCACCUACCUCAACCAGUUUCACCAACGCACUCGCAAGUUCCUGGAUGUGGCCGUUUACCUAAGUCCAACCCGCUCUACUCCUCGAAGACUGAUAGUUCAGGCAACUGAUCAUGUCAUCAAGACCCGAUUGGACAGAGGCGACUGGAUCAGGACCAAGGUCAGGGGCAGCGUGCCUCUUGUCCUUGCAAUGUCCGAAUGGGCAUUGUCUCCUUUUCAAACCCAAGGGUUUUGGUCAAAGACAAAGGGCACCUGCCGUCUAUUUGUCGUCGCCAUUCCUGUGCAGAUUUUGCUUGCCCUUCCUUUCCUCGGUAACUACAAUGAAGACGAUAAGGUGACCGACACAUAUACUGACUACCCCGGGUACUACUGGGAAUGGCCCAAGUACGCUGUCAACGAGCUGGACAUGUCUCCUGCUGCUCUCGAGAAACAUAGUGAGGGCUACAAAAAGUCACUUAGUGUUGCAAAGCGUGCGGCACGGCCCCGGCUGUUGUAUGCCAAAGUGAACGGCGAAUGGAAGACUAUCCAGGGCGAUAGCUUCGAAAAUUGUACGCGGCGAUAUAUAUUCAUCAGCUACAUGUGGAAUAUGUUUCCAAACGCAGAUGGUGCAGAAAAAGCUCAUGAACUGGCGCGGAGCAUUGCCGAGCACGAGCGCUUUGACGCCUACUGGAUGGACCGUGAGCUUGUUAAUGGGGAUUCGCCAGCUGAGACCGAUUACGAUGUCUACACACUUUGUGACACUGUCCGAGGAUCGGCCAAGGUGUGCCUCAUGAUGGACAAGGAUGGAACGACACAGCGUCUUGACUGGGGCAGUCGCAUGUGGACGCUGAUGGAGGGUCUGCUCGCCCCUGGAGAUUACAUAACUUACUGCUUUCGGGAUGCAGAGGGUCAACUUGUCACCAGAAACAUUGGAAAGAUUGAAAUGACAGCCUCGUUCUGGCGUGUACACGAGAGCGAAUAUACGGACGACAAGGAGGCUGUUCGUAUAUUGGCAGAGCACUAUGCCAACGUGCUGACACUUUCUCGCCUGGAGCUGCUUCCAGCGACGAUUACAGCGCUGAGUACCAAGAAACGCGCGGAGUUUACCGGCUCAGAUCUUGCCUACGCCGUCAUGGGCUUUCUUCACUACCGGAUCGAGCGCCAUAAGGAGACAACCGUGUUCCAAAACCUUGCUCGCCUCUCGCUUGGCAAUGAUAGUGAUGAGCUGGUCGAGAGGAUGCUUUGCUUACUUCCAAAGCCGUCAAACAAAGACAUUUUCGAGACUCUGUCUGAACGUGAUGAGUAUGGAACCUUCCUCCACCACAUCACACCGCAAUGUCAAGUGGUGGGUGUAGCGCACGAGGACGAGACUGUUAUCCUGGACUCUUGCCGUGCAAUCCACAUCCGAUGGAAGGACUUUCCCCGAGCGACUGUUCAACGCGAUGUGGGAUUGGGAAAGAUGCUCGCGGUAUUCUUCCUGGCGUUCGGCAUUUGGUGGUUAAUGUUUGGUAUCGAAAUGUCACUGGCCUACAUCCCAUACUUCGCCGGCUUUGUUGACCUAGCCGCCGACGGCAAGUCAGAUGUCGGUUGGGUUGUUGCUGGCUUCCUCUUCGUGGGCCUGUUGCUCUCUGCCCCUUCACCAUUUUCGGUCCGACGGCUCUUUGGCGGUACCGUGCUGAAGAGCACCCCAAAUUUGGUGGGAUUCGAAGGAGUCAUGCCUAUAGCGCAACUGGAAAAGAUCGUCUUUGGAAAUGCGGAGGGCCGACUUACUUAUGCGCCGCGAGGCAAGGAACCUUUGUGGAUCGACAACCCAGACUCUGCCCUUGAUGAUCUCAAAGCCAAGAAGCUGUUGCCGUCAGACAGACACCAGCUCUUCACUCUUGUUGAUAUGGGCGAGCUUACGGUCACUAUCUUUGCGGCAGAGAGGCCACCGACUGUAGCUCUCCUCUGUGGCAGGGAAGGCGGCAUGCUCCGUGCAGUCCUUUGCAGCUGGCGAUUUGAGACGGAUUGCUUGUACAGGGAGACAGUGGUAAGGAUGCCCACGCGGGUCUGGGAGGUAGCCGAGCCCAAGGGCUGGUUGAAGCUGUGUCUACGAUCUCAAGACGAUUACAGACACAGGGAGGCUCUCAUGAAACAAUAA